AUGUUAAAUAGAUAUAUCAUUUUUAUAUUAUUAAUUCUUUUGUUAUUUAUAGUAAUUAUCAAUGCAUUUACUCUAAAACAAUCACACUAUUUUAAUAAUAAAAAAUAUUUAUCAAAAGAUAAUGAUUGCCAAUUCAGUAGCAUAUUAUUAUGCACACCAGAUAAUGGUGAGGAUUGUUCAUCCUAUUCUUUAACUUCUCCCAAUAAUCCUCAAACGUUAAGUAAUAUCCCAUUAGACUCAGGAAUUUAUGAAAUAGUUAUCAUUACUAAAGUUGCUGGGGAGUAUAUAGUAAAUUUUGGUUCUGUUCCUUUACCCGUCACAUUUUAUUGUUUUGGUAAUAUUAAUUUUAUAAAAUGCCAUUAA